UUUCUUUCAGAGCCUGCUGAAUGUCACGGACACCCGGAAGUGGUCGAAAUUUAAACCGCCAUCACAGCAACAAUAAGAGGGCAUUUUCUCACAGCGACGUGAUUUUUGAUCAACAAUAUGCAAGCAUCCGGGUAACAUCGCCCUAAAGGCUUCUUUGAGAAGCAGUCAAAUUGGGUACAGUAUGGAAGAAGAAAUAAUCAGUGACGUGAUGGAAAAAGGAGAUGCUGGGAGCAACGAGGAAGAGUCUGGAGUGGGCGAAUCUGGAUUGAAGGAGGCUGACGCAGAGGGGUUUAAAGCGGAGGUGCCUGAAGUGGAGGAGGCCGACGCAGGGGAUCCUGAGACUAAAGAGGCUGAGACUGAGGAGCCUAAACCUGAGGACGCCGAAGUGGAGGAGGCUGACGUGGAGGAGCCUGAAGCAGGGGAUCCUGAGACUAAAGAGGCUGAGACUGAGGAGCCUGAAGUGGAAGAGGCCGGAGAAGAAUUGUCAAACACGCGCCCUGCUAAAAGAGGGAAGGGGAAGUCACAGGGGUCAAAGAAGCUGAAGGUUAGUGUUACAGAUGUUAACCUAACAAACCUGGUGUCAGGCAUUUCCAAUGGUGGGUCCCCACAGCCAAAGAGGGGUAGAGGACGCCCAAGAAUCUCAGACACGAAACAAACAGAGCUGCAAGAAUCAGAAGCUGACCAGACUGAUGAUCCUGUUAGAACUCCUAAGAGUCCAGAGAAAGGGUCCACAAAUACGACGAGUAAUGGGGACGGUGCUGUCGCAGACAGUUCCCCUAAGAAAAGAGGCAGGCCAAAAAAGGCUGUUAGCACUGAGACCACUGCUGGUGAAGUCUUACCCAAUGGUGGCUCUAAUGUGCCAAAAAAAGGAAGGGGUCGUCCUAAAGGAACCUUUAAGCGCAAAUCAGAAAGUUCAAUGGAAUAUGAAAAGAAUGAAGGGAGUUCUGAAGAACCCAGAAAAAGGGGACGACCAAAAGGCUCUACUAGCAAGAAGCCCAGACUCGAGGAAGAGGCUGAAGGAGGUGUGGAGGAGGGGAAUGACAGCGAUUGUUCAACAAAGGGAUUGUCUAAUGGCAGCUUAAACACACCUACCAGAGGGAGGGGAAGGCCAAGAAAAAUAGAAGUUCCGGAAAGUGUCAAUCAACCGGUCAAGAGGGGAAGGGGUCGACCUCUAGGCACUUUAAACAAGAAAAAGCAUGGUAAGGUGGGCCGGCCUCCAAAACUUCAACUCCUUACUCCUUCACGCAAACCGAAACGGGGUAGACCUAGAAACGGACCAGUGAAAAGAGGACGGCCCAGGAAGUACCCUACACCGUCACCCGAAGAGCUGAAAAAGCCAAAAGUGUGGAAGGCGCUGGGAAGGCCGAGGAAAUACCCACGUGAAGAUCCUCCUGAAGAGUCUCCACUUAAAAUGAGCCCUAAAAAAAGCCGUGGUCGGCCUCGCAAGUCAGAGUCAAAGAAAGGUGCCCAUUUUCGCAUGAAAUCUCCUGCAACGCCAUCAACGCCUCACACCCCCAAAGACGAGACUCCAAGAAAAAGGGGCCGCCCACCGAGCAGUGCGAAGAGUGAAGCGGGGACCCCAAAGAAAAGGGGCCGGCCUAAAACGGUGCUUGACAGCGAACUCCCAAACUUAUUGAUAGAGACUGAUUCAACUGCUGUUGAUGAAAAGGAGAUGAAUGAAAACCUGGGGAUGUCGCCCAUCGGGGACUCAGAAAGUGAAGUUGUAAUCCCGAAGAAAAGGGGACGCCCUAAAGGUGCAAUCAAGACAAAUAAAACUAUAAAUGACACAGCGCUUGACAGUGAACUCCCAAAGUUAUCGAUGGAAACGACUGAUUCAACUGCUGUUGAGGAAAAGGAGAUGUUGCCCAUCGGGGACUCGAGCAACACAGAAAGUGAAGUUGUAACCCUGAAGAAAAGGGGACGCCCUAAAGGUCCAGCCAAAAAAAAUAAAUUCAGGGGUAAAACAAAGCUCGACAGUGAACCCCCGAUCGUUUCAGUAGAUACAACUGAUUCAGCUGCUGUCGAGGAACAGGAGGUGGAGUCGUCCACAGAGGGCAACAUUGACCCUCCUACCACGCCGUCAACGCCCGGAAAACCCAAUGACGAAACGGCAAGGAAAAGGGGCCGCCCCCCGAGCAGUGUAAAAAGGCAACUCACUGCCGGGAAGAAAAGGGGGCGUCCGAAAAUCGGAAGUGAAAUGCAGCUUGACCCCCAUUCAGCAGGCGACGCAUCUGCUGCUGGAGAAAACGAGGACGGUGCUGAAGAAAUGCUCGUUGACCAGAACACGGGUUUGGAAGUUAGUAACCAGUCCUCAUGACCUCCUUUUCCGACCAAAACAGCUGGUGUAGUAGUUGCUGUCUAAAACACAAUCCUGUCAGUGAGAAUUCAUUCUUAACAUUUGUCGGUCGGGUAGGCUAGAUAUCCUGUAGCUCUCCUGUUUUCCUGACUAACUUGUUCAUGUUGUUUUAUUGUUCUAGAUAUUGUUUAAGUUCUUAAACUACGUCAUCUGAGUAAGCAGUAAUACUUAUACUCUUUUACUAGAACUAGCUUGUAUGGUUUAUUAUAAUAGGCUGAUUGUUCCCAUUUUUAUUUGGCUUUCAGGUGUAGUGUUUGUCCGUUGAACUGUAAACGUGAAAUGUGAGCUGGAGAAUGACUCGGAGAGGGAGGAAAAAAAUCACAGCAGUGAAACUAUAAAGAGCUGAAGUCCUAACAUCACUUUGGACUAGUGUCUGUCCCACCAGCCUCUGACACUUAAAUUUAUCAUUUCGCAUUUCCUAAGUCUAAUUUUCUGAAGACCACCUUGGUUCCCUGACACUACUUUCAUAUAGUAGGAUUAACUGGUAUAUGCUGGAUGUGGAGUUUCAUUGAAUCAGUUCGCUCAUAGUUUUGCUUAGCUGUUUUGCUUUUCCCCUUGCAUCAAAUCUGCAAACAGAACCUUGAAGUGAUUCAAACUGCUUCAUUGAAAUGUACAACUAGCAGAAAAAUACUUAAAAUAUGUUUUCCCCCUAAGCCAAUCAUCAAGAAACUACUGGACACAUCCUGUGGUGUGCUGAGAUGAAAUGGAGUUGUCAGUUCAUAUUUCAAUAAUUAAAAAAAUAAAUUGGUGUCAAAAGCUAAUCAAGUUAAAUAUUCAAAAAAAUAAUUACAAGACCAGUUAAAAUUAAGAAUCCCAAUGCGGUUGUCUCUUCUGUGAAAGAUGAUUCGUUUUAAUAGUUUGUGUAGCUUUACUAUUAUCACCUGAGGAGUGUCAAACAUAUUCAUGUUGGCAUUUCACACUUAAGGAAGUAGAUCUUUCAGUAACUGGUUUAUGCAUUAGUCAUGUUUUUUUCAAUUUAAUUUCAUUCGUGCAUAUCCCAACAUGUAAACAUCUGUGUUUCUAAAUGGGAGAAAAGGUGUCUUUUAGUCAACUUAUUGAGCGCCUGAAAAAUGAAAUUUAGAGACUGUUUUUCUUUUGUUGCAAGAAGAAAUGUAUUCAAGCAACUAUUUUUGACUGGUGAUAUUCUUUAUAGGCAUGCUACCUCGUCCUCAUUGAACAUUUCAGACUCUGUACGAUGCUGCCUAGUGAUUUGUCUCUGGUCUGUGUUUCUGCACACAUUAUCGUGUAUAUGAGAAUGUGAGUUUGUGUUCCUUAACAUAACAGAAGGAUGGAUCAUCAGUAUAUUUCCAGCACUACUGCGCCUUGUUUUCUUUGCUAUUUCUCUGUGGCUCAUGUCUUUAUAUUUGUUAGCCUAAAUAACCAGAGCUCUGAAUGUACCAUCAGUUUGUAAAACGCAGAUCACUAAGUUAUGUGGCACAGAUUUUCAUUUUUUUCUUUUAUACAUGCAUUCCUCGACAGAACUCAACUUCUGAAUUAAAUUCCUUCCCGAUGCUCACAGUAGUCACCCUGAUGAUUUUCUCCUCCUUUUACCAUCGACUUUUGUGUUACCAGCUGUUUUUGAGAGAUGUAAUUUGCCUAUUCGUUUAAUGUUUGUGUAGCUGUGAAGCCUUUUAUUAGUUGAAACAACUUGGGACUGUGUUGAGGUAAAAGUCAAGUGAUUGAAUUCACAUCAUAAGCAUUCAUCUACUUGAUUUUUGCGCACCUUGUUUAAAAAAUGGGACUUGUACAUCUUCAUUUACUGAUAUGAACUUUUUUUUUUUUGGUUUCUGAAUGCCAAAUUGUUCUAUUGUGUCAAGUCAUAUAAAUGAAUGUGAAAAGGCAAGUAAUAGUUUUGAAAAUUUCUGGCUUUUUAAGGUCUUCUUGUUUUAUGUGGAAAUGAGGAUUUUGUGUGUUUUGAACAAGAAGUCCAUUUGUGAAAUAAUACUCUUGAAUUAAAAUGUCAAUCUUUA